AUGCUCAGAGCCAUCGCUUCAAAACAGGCGACGAGCAGUAGCUUGUUGCUGCGUGGCAGCUCUGCUUGCUCCGCGUGUCGCCGGUCUCAUUCCCUUGCUACCUCCAAGACCAAUGCCCUUGGUGCACGAUCAAAUUUGCAAUUGACUGCUAGGAGACCGUUGGCUGUUGUGGAUCGUGUUUUGGCUGGCCGGAGAGAAUAUGCACAGAGUGCAGAGGAGACUUCGCGGGGAGUGGAUCCCAAUGAUUCAUUCCUCCAGGGAAACACCGCAAACUACAUCGACGAGAUGUACCUUGCCUGGCGUAACGAUCCUUCCAGUGUACACAUCUCCUGGCAAACGUAUUUCAAGAACAUGGAAAAUGGCGAUAUGCCCAUCUCGCAAGCCUUCCAACCUCCCCCAACCAUCGUCCCUACUCCCGUCGGAGGCGUGCCACAGCAUAUGCAUGCUGCCGGACAUGACUUGACAAACCAUUUGAAGGUGCAGCUUCUUGUUCGCGCUUACCAGGCUCGUGGUCACCACAAAUCCAAGACCGACCCUCUAGGUAUCCGUGGCGAGGCAGAGGCUUUUGGUUACAACCGUCCCAAGGAGUUGGAACUCGAUCACUAUGGAUUUACUGAGAGAGAUCUUGACCAGGAGUUUACUCUUGGUCCUGGUAUCUUGCCUCGUUUCGAGACCGAGUCUCGCAAGAAGAUGACUCUACGAGAGAUUAUUGCUGCAUGCGAGAAGAUCUACUGCGGUUCCUACGGUGUCGAGUAUAUCCAUAUCCCUGACCGUAAACCCUGCGACUGGAUUCGUGACCGCUUUGAAAUCCCCCAACCUUACAAGUAUUCCGUCGACGAGAAGCGCCGUAUCCUGGACCGUCUGAUCUGGAGUUCCAGCUUCGAAGCUUUCUUGGCUACCAAAUUCCCCAACGACAAGCGUUUCGGUUUGGAAGGUUGUGAGACUUUGGUCCCUGGUAUGAAGGCUCUUAUUGACCGCAGUGUCGAUUACGGAAUCAAAGACAUCGUUAUCGGAAUGCCUCAUCGUGGUCGUUUGAAUGUUCUUUCCAAUGUCGUCCGCAAGCCCAAUGAAUCUAUCUUCAGUGAAUUCUCUGGUUCCGCCGAGCCUUCCGAUGAAGGCUCCGGUGAUGUCAAAUACCACCUUGGCAUGAACUUUGAGCGUCCUACUCCCUCCGGAAAGCGUGUCCAGUUGUCCCUGGUUGCCAACCCGUCUCACUUGGAAGCUGAAGACCCUGUUGUCCUUGGCAAGACUCGCGCCAUUCAGCACUAUAACGGAGACGAGAAGGAUUUCAACACUGCCAUGGGAGUCUUGUUGCACGGUGACGCUGCUUUUGCUGCGCAGGGUAUUGUGUACGAGACUAUGGGCUUCCACUCUCUCCCCGCUUACUCUACUGGUGGUACCGUCCACAUUGUUGUUAACAACCAGAUUGGUUUCACGACUGAUCCUCGAUUUGCUCGUUCUACUCCUUACUGCUCCGAUAUCGCCAAGGCUAUUGACGCUCCUGUCUUCCACGUUAACGGCGAUGAUGUCGAAGCUGUCAACUACGUUUGCCAGGUUGCUGCCGAUUGGCGCGCCGAGUUCAAGCGCGACGUCGUCAUUGAUAUCGUCUGCUACCGUAAGCAAGGCCACAACGAGACUGAUCAACCAUCUUUCACUCAGCCUCUGAUGUACAAGCGUAUCGCCGAGAAGAAGGCCCAGCUCGACAUCUACGUUGACAAGCUCAUUUCCGAGGGUACAUUCACCAAGGAGGACAUUGACGAGCACAAGAAGUGGGUUUGGGGUAUGUUGAACGACAGCUUCGACCGUAGCAAGGACUACCAGCCCACUGGUAAGGAAUGGUUGACGUCUGCAUGGAACGGAUUCAAGAGCCCUAAGGAGUUGGCCACUGAGGUCUUGCCUCAUUUGCCCACAGGGGUUGACGCCGAGAUUUUGAAGUCUAUUGGUGACAAGAUUGGUGGAGCUCCCGAUGGCUUCAAUGUCCACCGCAACCUCAAGCGUAUCUUGGGCAACAGGAAGAAGGCUAUUGACGACGGUAAGAACAUUGACUGGGCUACCGCAGAGGCUCUUGCCUUUGGUACUUUGGUCAAGGAGGGUCACCACGUUCGUGUUUCUGGACAGGAUGUUGAGCGUGGUACUUUCUCUCAGCGUCACGCUGUUCUCCACGACCAGGAGAAUGAAGCUACCUACACUCCUCUGCAGCAUAUUAGCCAAGACCAAGGCACAUUCGUCAUCUCCAACUCGUCUCUAAGCGAGUUCGGCGUGCUCGGUUUCGAAUACGGCUACUCUUUGACCUCUCCCAACGCCCUUGUCAUGUGGGAAGCUCAGUUCGGUGACUUUGCCAACAACGCUCAGUGUAUUAUCGAUCAGUUCAUUGCCUCUGGUGAAGUGAAAUGGUUGCAACGUUCUGGUUUGGUCGUGUCGCUUCCUCACGGUUACGAUGGUCAAGGUCCUGAGCACUCUUCUGGACGCAUGGAACGUUGGUUGCAAUUGUGUAACGAAGAGCCUCGUGUCUUCCCUUCACCUGACAAGCUCGACCGUCAACACCAGGACUGCAACAUGCAGAUUGUUUGCAUGACUUCUCCAUCCAACUUGUUCCACAUUUUGCGUCGUCAGAUCAACCGUCAAUUCCGUAAACCACUCAUUAUCUUCUUCUCGAAAUCCUUGUUGCGUCAUCCUAUUGCUCGUUCCGACAUUGAAGAAUUCACUGGCGACUCUCACUUCCGCUGGAUCAUCCCCGACGAGGCCCACGGUACCUCGAUUGAUGAGCCCGAAAAGAUUGAGCGCGUCAUUAUGUGCUCUGGCCAAGUCUAUGCAGCCCUUAUCAAGCACCGUGAAGCCAACGGUAUCCGCAACACUGCCAUCACCCGUGUUGAGCAACUUAACCCCUUCCCCUGGGCUCAAUUGAAGGAGAACUUGGACAGCUACCCCAACGCCAAGGAUAUCGUCUGGGCUCAAGAAGAGCCUCUCAACGCCGGUGCCUGGAGUUUCGUCCAGCCCCGUAUUGAGACCUUGCUCAAUGCUACCGAGCACCACAACCGUCGCCACGUCCUGUACGCCGGUCGUGCUCCAAGUGCUUCUGUCGCCACGGGUCUCAAGGCCAGCCACGUCAAGGAAGAGCAAGAUUUGUUAGAGGAUGCUUUCAGCGUGCAUCAGGACCAUCUUAAGGGGGAGUAAAUGGUGGUUGAUUAUAUGUCAAGGGUCUGGUUACAGCUCCUUUGCUUUUUAUAGAACUGAAUACCGGGCAGUUUUGUGUCUGGUGUAUCAUAUCCUCAUGUAAAACUGAUAAUUCGUCUGUUUCCAGCAUAUUUACUUUGUGAUAGCAAUGCAUCUGUAUUAUUUAUUUCUA